CGGCGCGCGCUGGCGGAGGGAGGGAGCUCACGGUCCCCCCCCGCCUCCUAUCACGUGACGCUCGACCACUCCCUCCUUUCGUUGUGUCCGCGCGGCGUCGCACUCCGGGUAUUUGAACCGCGCUUCCGCCAUCUUUCCAGCGCCUAGUCACUGAGGGGAGCGAUACCGAGAGACGUCUCGGGAAGACCCAGCAUGGCCGCCCAAGGAGAGCCCCAAGUGCAGUUUAAGCUUGUCUUGGUUGGUGAUGGUGGUACUGGUAAAACAACAUUUGUAAAACGUCAUUUGACUGGUGAAUUUGAGAAGAAGUAUGUAGCUACACUGGGUGUUGAAGUCCAUCCUCUGGUGUUCCACACUAAUAGAGGUCCAAUUAAAUUUAAUGUAUGGGACACGGCUGGUCAGGAGAAAUUUGGUGGUCUGCGGGAUGGUUACUAUAUUCAGGCUCAGUGUGCUAUCAUAAUGUUUGAUGUAACAUCAAGAGUUACAUACAAGAAUGUACCUAACUGGCAUAGAGAUCUGGUACGAGUAUGUGAAAACAUCCCUAUAGUGUUGUGUGGCAACAAAGUGGAUAUUAAGGACAGAAAAGUCAAGGCAAAGUCAAUUGUCUUCCACAGGAAGAAGAAUCUUCAGUACUAUGAUAUCUCAGCUAAGAGUAACUACAACUUUGAGAAGCCCUUCCUCUGGCUUGCCAGGAAGCUAAUUGGAGAUCCCAACUUGGAGUUUGUUGCCAUGCCUGCUCUUGCGCCCCCAGAGGUUGUUAUGGACCCAGCAUUGGCAGCACAGUAUGAGCAAGACUUACAGAUUGCUCAGACCACUGCCCUGCCAGAUGAAGAUGAUGACCUGUAAGGGAUGAAGCUGGAGCCCAGCGUCAGAAGUCUAGUUUUAUAGGCAACUGUCCUGUGAUGUCAGUGGUGCAGCGUGUUUGCCACUUUAUUAUCUAGCUGAGCAGAACAUGUGCUUAAUCUUUGGGAUGCUGAGAGAUGAAUGGGCUUCGGAGUGAAUGUGGCAGUUAAAAAAAAAAAAAAAAAUUCCUUCAUAUUUUGGACCUGCAUAUCUAGCUGUUUUUUGGACUGCAAUUACUUCCCCUUUGAGUUUCAAAUCUAACUAAGACUGCUGCAGUCACAUCACAGUAUUCAGUGGUAAAUCUUGUUUGUUACUGUCAUUCCCAUUCCUUUUUUGUUUAGAUCAUAAUAAAGUUGUAUUUCAAA